ACGCAGCGAGAAACGCCUUCUGGUCCGGUCCUGCUUCACAGCGCCGCUGGGAUCCAAUAUUAAGUUAAAGGUGACAUACACUAUCAAGACUAAAGUUACGGGUCCUUGUGUCAAUGUGUGUGUGUGUGUCCACUCCUGUGUCCAAGGUUUUGAGUCUUAGGUUUCUUUUGCACCAUUCGAAGCGCAACAGGGGGGCAGUGAGUCUCUCACCAUCCACUGCCCAACGAAGACGGUGGUUCGAGACUGUGACAUUCCCGAGGGACGCCUUGGGAACGUACCUGCAAUUUUUAAUGCAUUAAAGUGCUAGUGCAUCAUGUUGAAACCUUCAAAUGAGCGGACCCUUCACUUCAUACCGUUGCAUCGAGUCAAGGUCUACUUGCGUGUAAAGGUCUACCUGCAGUAAAGUGGAACUUCAUUCAUUCACUGACUCAGCUCUUGCGAGCAUCUCUCUAAGUGUGUGGUUGCAAGUGCAUGGCCCCAAACGAGCAGUCCAAAGUUGCAUGUAGCAGAAGGACAGGCCCGUCAACGAUUGCCUCGAAGGCGGUAUGCCUUGCCAAGUGUCCCGAGGGUCCUUUAAGCAUGGAGGACAUGCGCUCGGAGCCUCUGAUGGGUGGCCUCAGUUCCUCGUGGAGAAGACCAUGACUGUCCAGAACUCUAUAUUUUCUACUUCGACCGGCAAGUUCCAACAUGCUCUCUGGCGAGCUGUGACGUUAGAAGUCUACGAGAAACAGAACGUUGCAUAGGAGGAUUGACCCUCCUAUAGGACAAGUGGAAAUAUACCCUACCACGUGAACACUACUGGGGUGUGGUUACUGGCAUGUGGUGGAUGAUAGUAGGCAGUAUCGUGCUUGGUUGCAGUGUGGGAAAAGACCCGCUGGAUCCAUUUUAUAUUCAGGAUGUGUGAAAUCACCUGGGGGACCUAAAGACCCACGAGUCUUCUAAAAAAAAAUCCUGCCUACUGGUCCCGGAGUGGAAAAGAGCAUGGCCUCCCAGAAGCUGCUGAUCCUCACGAGUGGUACUCAGAUCUGGCAACACCUGGUUGGCUUCCAGGAGCCGGAGCAAUGCCUGAAAGUUCAAGUGAAGCUUUGUCGUGAUAACCGGGCGUUGGGCGGCGCCACUCGAGCCACCAAAGAGUUGGUGAGCCAAAGUUUGGGCCAUGCGCUUACAAGCCGACUGAGUGCCAAGCCCUUCUCACUGGAAGCGAGCCUCAGGUUGACCUCCGCUCGCUUGGAUGAACCCCCCGAGGUGGCCGAGGACUCCGCGGACUGCAUGGAUGAGACAGGUCCGCAGCGCUUCGGGAGGUGGCGGCGCCGGGCGUUCGUCACCGGUGAGUUCAGCGUGAGCGGCUGGAAGACCGAAGCCUUCGUGCCACGCAAGGCCCUGGUGCAGUUGGUCUUAGAGGAUUUGAGUGAGCAGAAGGGCCAGCCAGAGAUUUUCGUGGCCGGGAUUUCCUCUUUGGAACCCUGUGUUGGAGAAGAUGACAGUGGAGUGCUGGCUGUGAAGAGCGCGCUGCGGGACAAGUGGCAGGUGUCCUUUGUCUCGGGGGAGGCCAUGUGGAAAGGAUCAACGCAUGGGCUACCUGCCUGGCGCCAACAGAUCUUGGAAGCUGCACAGGCUCAGCAGGUGGUGGAGCUGCAAACGCGCUUGGAGCUCCGCUUCUCCACCUCCACUGGAGGGGUGCACCACUUCACCAUCAAGCCAGCUGCAGGAUGGUCUGGAGUCCUCGAUGAGUCCCAGGCGCAGAAGGAGAAAUCCAGCUGGAACGUGACGGUCAACGUGCCCAUCCUUUCGGUGAGUUGGAUCCAUCGUCAUAAGGAGGUCUUGGCUUUGCGCUUGAAGGGCAUUCGUACGGAGAUGGGACAGCAUGCCAACGAGGGGAACUUUGAUAUUGGCAUGCAGCACUUGCAGGUCGAUCAUUUCAUCGACGGGGGCGAACUCCCCGUGGUCCUGAACCGCCGGUUCCUGCACAUCAACAGCCGGUGGCUUCGAGAGAAGGCCGUCCAGCUGACUGCCCGAUGGAUCACCGGAAGUCACAUCAUCAAGAAGCUCUCGGUGAGCCUCGUCCCGUACUGGCUGAAUCUGGAGUUGGGAGUCCUCAUCAGGUUGCUGGACUUAGCGGAGUCGAUGGGGUUCAACGAGGCAUCGCCAGGCGAAGGCGCCCGGGUGGAGCUGGAGCCACCGCAGCAGCCGCUCUCCUUGGCCGAUGCCAAGCAUAUGGAGGUUUGGCGAAUGGAGACCUUAGUCGUGGAGCCUUUGCGGCUGACGAUCAUGGUCCGCUCCCCUGAUAUGGCCGCCGCGCGCGACAACACCAUGGCGCGGCGGAUCCGCUUCCUGCCGGUGGAUAUGCCCAACAUGGAUCUCAAGGUGGAUCAGACUGUCCUGAACAAUCAGUUCGGCUCGAUCCAACAGAUCUUGGGCACCCUUGGCAGCCUGUACAAGAGGAAGGCCAGAAACUCCGCGCUCUUGUCGGUGAUUCUCUCGUACAUGGCAUCCAUCCUGAAGGGUAGCAUGAACGCUUUGUGGUGGCUGGCACGUGGGCCUUAUGAUGCAUUGGACGCCGCGAACCAAAGCGAAGGAGAACGCGACUGGUUUUUUUGGGUGGACCCGUUCGUCCAGGGCCUCUCGGAGGGCACCUACCGAGCCUUCGCGGAGCUGGUAGGAAAUGCACUCUUCGGUGUGGUCUUGAUCCUCAAUAGCAUUCGACAGGUGAUUCUGGGCGUGCCGCGGCCUAGGGCACAGAGCUUUCUGGACGGCAUCGUGCAAGGCUUCUUUGGCCUUAUCGUGGACACCUUCCUAACACCCAUGCGACAGCUGGUGCUGCAGACCCAGAUCGCCUACCACGAUUGGGGCCUCGGCCGUGCCAUUCCGGUCUUUUGCCUUUGCCUCCUGAGGGUCUUCUUGGGCCCCGCGCUGGGGGCCCUACACCUGGCGGCCAGUAGCAUCGAGGGCUUGGCAAACCUGCUACUUCACGAGGAGGCCCAGUUCGCUCCCUUCGAGAUGCAACGCGCGCCGGAGCCGGAACCGGCACGCACGGUCACAGGUGUGUUGUCCAUGCAGGCACGCUUUCAAAGCUCCGUUCUGUCACCUACACAGGCGCCCGCCAUGCCACGCAGUGGAGGGCGCACUCCACCGACCAACAGUCAAGGCCUAAAGAGUUUGAAGAUGGGUGAGGCACAGUCGUGGUGGAAGCGGCGCUACGGGUCUUUGAACUCCCUCACGGAAAUGCUCGCGGACGACGACGCAGUCAUGGACAGGAUGCAGCUGCCUGUGCAAUAUGCUUUGAACCCCUGAGGACCUUCUUGGAGGAAACUGACAGCUGCGGGCCGUACCUGUACAGCGCUCGCUUGGUGUGGGGACACCGUUGGCCACCCACAUGAGAUUGUGAGAAUAUGGAUUACAAGGGGGUCAGCAAGAGGACACUUCAGUUCAGAACACCCAGCAAAUUAUAAUUUGCACAAAACCUGGAGGGGUC